CAACAGUGCGAGCACAAGCGAGCUCUGCGACGUUUGAGGCUACUCGAUACCGUCAGGUUAGAGUUAGAGUAUAUAGCGGCCACGCAGCGUAUGCAGCCUUGCAACACAAGCUCCACCCAAUCUACAACGCCGGUUCCGUUUCAGUUCGUGAUCGACUCAUCAGUCUUGUGGCUGUUCGUGUGGGUCACGUAUACUACUCCGCGGGAAGUGAGCCGCGCAGUCAUGCCUCCUCUCACGUCCUCAUCGUCAGUCGUACUCGCUGCAAGUACGUAGCCUGCAGCACGCAGCCACGACCUAAAGCAUUCGUGAUUCAAAUUGCGUUUACCUUGCGCUCGGAAGUACGGCACGAAGCUGGGCGCAGCCAUCUUUCCGUUGCCGCUGGCUCAUUUGUUGCAGCAGCAGUGCGAGAGAUAUCGUGCUUUGAUGACCAGCCAAAGCUCUCGCAUGCUGUCAACCCCCGUGACUGACGCUCUUUUCUCAUCUCACCUACCUUUCGUGACCUGCCCUACCUCAUCUCCAUCACCUUUCCGCACUCUCGCCAUCCAAUCUAUCCUCGUCAAACACAACUUCAGACCCACCAAACCAACCCAAGUAACUAUCAACACCAUGUCUUCCACUGAGGCCCCUGUCGCUGCUGCUGCCGCCCCCGAGGCCGUCGUCGCCCCCGAGGCUCCCGUCGAGGCUCCCGCUGCUGCUGUUGAGGCUCCCGCUGCCGAAGCCCCCAUCGCCGCCACGGAGGCUCCUGCUGCUGUCGAGGAGGCUGUCAAGACCGAGGAGAAGCCCGCUGAGGCCGAGGCCGCCAAGGAGGAGACUGUCGCCCCCACCACCCCCAAGAAGGAGAAGCGUCAGUCUUUUCUGAACAAGUUCCAGGGCCUUUUCGCCAAGAAGGAGAAGAGCCCCAAGAAGACCAAGGAGGCUGCUCCCGCUACUGAGGAGGAGACCAAGGCAACUGAGGAGGCACCUGCCGCCGCCGCCGCCGCCACUGAGGAGGCCAAGCCCGUUGAGGAGGCUGCUGCCCCCGCUGAGACCAAGGUUGAGGAGGCCAAGCCUGCCGAGGAGGCCAUUGCUCCUGUUCCCGCCGAGGAGACUAAGCCCGCCGCCGAGGAGCCAGCCGCUGAGGGUGUCAAGAUCGACGAGUCUGCCAAGAAGGAGGAUGCUGCCACCCCCUCGCCCAAGGACAAGAUCGCCCGUCGUCUCUCGACCCGCGUUGGCGCUCUCUUCGCCAAGAAGGACAAGAAGGCCACCGAGGCUGCCCCGGUCACCAACGAGAAGGUCGAGACCGCUGCUGCUCCUGCUGAGGCCGCCGCCCCUGCUGAGGCUGUUGAGGUCAAGGCUGAGGAGCCUGUCACUGCUCCUGUGGCUGCUCCUGCUGCCGCCCCUGCCGUUGCUGCUGCCGCCUAAAGCGGACAACGCAUCUCACUAGUAGGCACUUCGCCUUCUUCAAGCUCUCUUGUUCGGCCACCGCAAGUUCAAGUCCCCACUCACUCGUGCGCGGGCAAAAGCCCCUGCCUUCGAUCUCUUUAGGAAGAAUGGUCAUCU